CUGCGGCAGGUUUCAACUUUGGAUCUCUGGGGAGGAUGAACAGCUGGGGGGGUGUCAUGCCGAUUACCCCGGCCGGAAUUAUUCGAACCUGCCCGCGGUUGCUAACCUCUAUUCCACGGAGAUCAACAUAUUAAUGGGGUGUUACUAAAAGAACAAAAAUCUAAUACGUGAUCACCUUGUGUACGUGAUUCUGCCGUGUGUGUGUGUGUGUGUGUGUGUCCUACCCACGUUACAACACCCGGCCUCCCUGGGAGCCUUGGACAGCCUCUCCUGCCCGUGUGCACGCAUAUUCCAUACCUUGUUACUUUCUACCACCCCGACACCCAGGUCACCUUUCUCCUGCCCUCGUCAACCCCACUUUCCACACUUCCCUCCCUGCUCUUGCUGUCACCUCGCUGCCAACCCACACUUCAUCCUUCCCUGACGCCUCGCAACCCACCCUGACCCUACCAACCCACCUCACAGCCCUGUCACCCUCGUAUCCCACCCUGAACCCACCCAGCCCUCUUUUACAAACUUCCCUCCCGGCUUCUGCCACACUUCAUCCUGCCUAAGUCCUCCCUGUCACUCCACCCUGACCCUAUCGAAACCUCUUCAUACACAUCCCUGUCACCCUUGUAUCCCACCCCGACUCCAUCCAGCCCACUUUCACACACUUCUUUCCUCUGGUUCCUGCUCCCCCUGACACUUCACCUUGCCCACGCCUCUCCUCUUCACUGCCCACCUCGCCCACGCCCCCACCAUGGACCAAGCCCUCCUGGAGCAGUGUGCCCUUGACCUGCACAGGAUCGGGGUCAUCAAGUUCGGCUCCUUCACCCUCAAGAGCGGCAUGCAGUCACCAAUCUACUUCGACCUCAGGGUUAUCGUCUCCUACCCCAAGAUAAUGGAGACUGUGGCUGACCUGCUGUGGGCAGCUCGACCCAAGAAGGACUAUGACCUGGUGUGUGGCGUGGCCUACACCGGCCUGCCCAUCGCCACCAUCAUGUCCCUCAAGCAGAACAUUCCUAUGCUGAUCCGCCGCAAGGAGACCAAGGGCUACGGCACCAAGAAGCUGGUGGAGGGGAACUACAAUAAGGGCCAGAACUGCCUCAUGGUGGAGGAUGUGAUCGUGUCUGGCAGCUCUGUGUAUGAGACUGUUGAGACACUGGUUGAGCUGGGCCUUGAGGUGAAAGAUGCUGUGGUGUUCCUGGACCGCCAGCAAGGGGGGGCAGCCAAUCUGAUAGCCAUGGGCAUCAAUGUCAUCUCCGUCCUCGACAUGACUCAGCUCAUGUCCAUCUUGCUCAAGCACAGCCGCAUCACCCCUGAGACACAGGCGUCGGUGCUGGCAUUCGUUGACUCCCACAAUGACACUUCCAUUGUCACCAAGGGCAAAGCCUCCUGCAAAAAUGGCGUACAAGCAAUUGACCGCAAGAACUGCACAUUUGAGUCUCGCAUUGCCACCACCAACCACCCCUUGGCUCGCAAGCUGUUUGAGCUAAUGUCAUCCAAGAAGACCAACCUGUGUGUGGCAGCUGAUGUCACCACCUCCCAAGAGCUGCUUGCCAUAGCUGAUAAGGUCGGACCUCACAUCUGCCUACUCAAGACUCACAUUGAUAUCCUCAAAGACUUCAGCAAGGACACUGUUAAUAAGCUGAAGGCCCUGGCAGACAAGCACAAAUUCCUUCUUUUUGAAGACAGGAAAUUUGGUGACAUUGGGAACACGGUGGCCCAGCAGUAUGGGGGCGGCAGCCACAAUGUCGUGGAGUGGGCAGACCUUGUCACUGCUCACGGCCUGCCGGGAGAUGGAGUCAUUAAGGGCCUCAUGUCAGCUGCCGGUGAUCGUCCCAGAGGCUGUGUGCUGGUCUCUCAGAUGAGUUCCGAAGGUGCACUCACCUCACAGGAGUAUGUCCAAGGAUGCAGCAAGAUGGCAGAAAACCACACAUACUUUGUUUUAGGAUUUGUUGCCCAGAGCAGUGUGAGCAGUGACCCACGCUUCAUUCACUUCACCCCCGGUGUGCAGCUCAAAAAGACCAGCGAUGGCCUUGGCCAGCAGUAUGUGACACCAAGAGCGGCCAUCCUGGAGCGAGGUUCUGAUGUGAUCAUUGUGGGCCGAGGCAUCAUCCAGGCUGAGGAUCCUGCUGUUGUGGCCCAGACCUACAAGGAGGAAGCUUUUGCUGCCUAUAAAGAACGUAUUGGACAAAACUAAGAGACAGUCAAAGCAUACAGCUAAGUCAGUCUCAGGGCUGAUAGAUUUGCUUCUGCCACAACAGGAGUACAAACUACUCAAGCACAAUAUCAUGGGCUUUUGGGUGCAUCAUGUUCAUGGUUUUGCUCACUAACUUAACAGUCGUGGUAGAGUAGUUAUUAAUAGUGGGAUGCUUUUUUCAUAAUCAGUAGUAUUAGAUAAUUAGAUGGUAGCCUCUGGCAGAAUAAAAAUGGACCCUACAGUAUCAUGGCACACACACACUCCUUCCCCCAAACCCCAUAAGCCAUUCCAUAAAACAUAAUAUGCAUUUAUAAAAAUCCCAAUAAUGUCUAGUGUGCUUCCAAACAGCUAUGCAAUACAAAUAUGCAAAGUUGUACAUAUCUGUUUUAUCAGUCAUUACUCCAUUUAAAAUGUUAUUCCCAACAGAAACUUACAACUCACAAAUUUUGAAGCCUAUCAUAUUAUUUUUUGCAAAUUGUAAAUGGUGCUAACUCAUCUUACUUGCAGCAGAAAUCUUGUUUCAUCAAUAAGGACAGGACCAAGAGAACACAUGUCCAUAUUGAUUCUGCUCACAUCAGUGGUUGUGAUUUUCUUUUCACAAAAUUUUAUGUAGAUGUGUAUGCAGACUAAAAUUUUAGCCAUAAUGAGAUAUAUUAUCCAAGUACCUGUUAUGCUUGGGCAGCUUUGACCUGCAGACAAGCCUGUUUCAUGGGAGGCAUUUCAUUAAUCCCUUACUCAGCAGGACAGGCCUGUUGGCUAAUAUUUGAUCUAAAGUUUACCACAGAAUUGUUGUUAUACAACAUUUCAGUUUCAGAUAACGUAGGCUGUAUCAUGUUAAAGUUUGCCAUAAGAACAAAAUUUUUCUUCUUCCGUUGUCUAUUCGUUUGAUCAUUUUUUUUAUUUUGAAAUUGCCUAUGUUUUAUCUGUCCAUUUGCCUGUUUUUAAAUAUUUUUGUAUUACACAAUUGUUUUUCUGUGCACCAAGUGGUUCCUGACUGCCUCACAGCAAGCCCAGUAACAUUCCAUAUAAAGCUGUUUUACACCACUCCAUACUCAACAUUCCAGUAAUGGUGUAACAAAUCAUUCAGCAUUCAAAUCCAAAACAGGUAGAUUAUUACUUCAGUUUUAUUCUACAUAAAAGUAACUCUUGAUUCGUAACAUUGUAAAAGGCAGUAUUUUCAUUAAUUCUUGCAUAUGUAAGUGCUGGGUGGUAUUUUUUUUUUUUUUUUUUGUGUGUGUGUGUGGUGACCCAAUUAUUGAUGGUUCUUGAGAUUAUUUAGGUAAUAUGUGAUUGUGUAUAGACACUACAAAUUAUCAGUACAAGUAUAUGGUGUCAUUGGCUUAAGAUUAUUUCAUAGUUGUAGAUGAAGUAUUUCAGACUUUAAUGAUUUAAUCAUACAAUACAUUUAAGACAUAAGCUAAAGACCUUGCUGAAGUUCAUCAAAUGUUUGAAAGCCUGUUCUUAAAAGUUCAUGGAGCUAAAACUACUUGUUCCUGUAAAGUACUUUGACUUGAGCCACUGAGAAUAGUUAUGGACCCUGUCUAAUUAUUAGGCAGCAAUGUUUGCUCACAAUGUUAAAUUUAGCGGCUCACAGGGUUGUGAAAUACCUCAUAAUUGUUACUGUGUGUCACAAGAUGCACUUUUUGAUAAAGUGUUGUGCACAAAUGUUUCCUUUAUAUUUUUUUUGUUAUUGUUAUUGUUAGUUAUACCCAACAUACAACUGUUUGAAUUUUUACAGAAAAAUAAACCUGUUAUGAAAAUAAAAGAACCUUAUACAA